ACUUCUUAUAUAUACUCCCUAUUGAGUAUUGACUCUUACCCCGCUACACGCUUUCUAUCUUCUUCACCGUUACAUUUCGAAACCCUUCUGAUUCUACUGUCCUCCGAUCAUGGCCGAAGCAACAAGCCCUAAUUCUCAACCCCAGUCCGAGACGGUUGAGACUCAGAGCGAGGAGCAGAGGUUGAAGUAUUUGGAGUUCGUGCAAGUUGCGGCGCUCCACGCCAUCCUCUGUGCUGCAAAGGUCUACAGUUACGCUAAGGAGAACUUGGGCCCUCUCAAGCCCGGCGUUCAGACCGUGGAGGGAACCGUUAAGACCGUCGUCGGUCCCGUUUACGAUAAGGUUCAUAAUGUUCCUGGUGAAGUCCUCAAGUUUGUCGAUCGCAAGGUGGAUGAAUCCGUUCACAAGAUUGAGGAUCGUGUUCCUCCAUCCGUCAAGCAGGUGUCAACCCAAGCUUUCUUAACUGCACAGAUGGCUCCAGGGUACGUCCGUGAUGUUGUAUCCGAAGUCAAAAGUACUGGUGUAAUUCUGGCGAAAAGUGUAUACACACAGUAUCAGCCUGCUGCCAAGGGGCUGUACAACAAGUAUGAGCCAGUAGCAGAGCAGUAUGCUUCGUCUGCUUGGCGGUCUCUGAAUCAGCUCCCCCUUGUUCCCAAGGUUGCUCAAGCUGUUGCUCCAACAGCUUCUUACUGGUCUGAGAGAUACAACCACACUGUUCAGGUUGGUGCCGAGAAGGGGUACAAGGUUGCGUCGUAUCUUCCAUUGGUGCCUACUGAGAAGAUUGCUAAACUGUUGAGCAAUGGAAGUCCUGUGGAGACCAGCUGAAAGGAGUGAUUGUUUUCUAAUGAUAGUUCUUUGUGUGGGUUUUACUUUUGUCUGAUAUAUUUUAGUUUCUUAUGUUGCCAAUUUAAAAAAAAAACAAAAGCAAAAUUGUUGUGUCUUCAUGCUUAAGAUUGCCGUGUUGUCUUAACUGCGUUACGUAUCUAUUUCUAGUUCUCUUCGUAAUUCAAAGGCAGGCAUAUAGUCGUCCCUGAGAAGGACAAAAAUACUCGCCUUCUAGACAAUGGAAAUUAGUUGACUAAUUCCAAGCCAGGCAUACAGUCGUCAUGAGAAGGAAAACACAUACAUGCCUUUUAUACCGUUGGCUAAAUAGAUACUCCGUAUAAAAUUUUUGGUAAGUUACAUUUUCAUCCCUAAAUUAUAGGGUAAUUGUAAAAUUUGUUAAGUGUUGGUUAUAUUCAUUUUUUGUUCUUUAA